GGCUAAUUUGGAUGGUUUAAAGCAGGAUAUGCUUAAAAUCCAUAAUGAUUCUCGUGCAGAAUUUUUCAAAAUCUUGGAAAAUUCUUUGAAGAAUUUGCGACAACCUGAAGUCGUCAUCAAUUCUAACAGGAAACGGGAUUCAACAAGGCGAGAAACGGAAAUUUCCGAUUCUGAUGAAGACAUUCCCUUAACUCAACGAACGUUCAAAAAACGUAAACUUGAUACUCCUGAUAAGGAUGUAAGCGAACAAAUUGACGACUUACUAGCCGAUGAUCGAAAUAAAGAAGCAUUAAUUGGUGACAAUUCGCCUAAAACUGCCUCUACUAGUACUACUGGUGACAAUGACGUGAAUGUUGUUGAUUUCGGCAUCGGAGAGGUCCUGGACUCACUCGAACAAGAUUAUUCUAUAGUCGAUAAAGUGGGGAAUAACAUUAACCCAAAGGUUGCCUCCAUUGUGAAACAAAUUUUUUCAAGCAAAUUACCAGAUGAAAAAUUACUGGAAUUACUUAACAAAACCACAAGGCCUGGAAAUGUUGACAUUUACCUACAGUCUGUGAAUGCUGAAAUUUGGGGUAGCAGUAUUAAAGGUUACACCCGUUCUAAAGAUAUUAAAUAUCAAAAACUUGGAGAACUAAUUCUAAAAAGUUCCUAUACUAUGAUGUCACUUGUGGAUAAGUUAUUGGAAACUAAAAAGGAGUUACCAGUCAAUAAGGAUUUGUUAACUGUGGAACUUAAGUUGGCAAUGGAUUGUAUGUCCUUAUUAGGACACACUGUACAAACUCUGAACCAGAGCCGUAGAGACUCAAUAAAAUUUGAUAUUAAUCCAACUUACAAACCAAUUUGUAAUCAGUCACAGAACUUGGAUACCGGAUCAAGUAAAUUUCUGUUCGGGGAUGAUAUCUGCAAAAAACUUAAGGAGUUAAAAGAGGCUGCACAAAUUGGCUCAAAUGUGACAUCGUCAAAGAAUUACUCGCAGGGUUAUGGUGUGAAAGGCAAUUCAAGAUAUUCCAAUAAUAAUUAUAAAGGGAAAUCUUUUUUGUAUCAAGGCAAUUAUCGUUACAAGAAGCCUCCGGCCCACCAGUACCAAUACAACAAAAAGAUGUAUCAAAAUCAAAAGACCAGUUGGAAGAAGACUUCUCAGUCAGACAAGAAAUAGAUUAUGAUCUGUAUAGAUACGAUUUUAACUCAUCCAACGAGAAGAGUUCAAGAAUUGCCGAAAAAGAUGAGAUUGUUAGCAGUGCUGGUAUCCGGCCAAGUUGUUCGACAGGAGGUUUUUCUGAACGAGCUAAAGAAAUCUUGUUGUCUUCCUGGACAGAGUCAACCAAGUCCCAAUACACGACGUAUAUUAAACGAUGGUUUAGGUAUUCAGAUGAAGAACAUUUGGAUCCCUUUUGUCCUCCUGUAGAGGCUGUUAUUAAUUUUUUAACUUCGUUAUUUCAAGAUGGACUGAAGUACAGCGCCAUUAACUCGGCACGAAGUGCGUUGUCAACUUUUAUUUUUGUGGACAAAAAACCUGUUGGAUCUUUGCCCAUUGUGUGUAGGUUCCUUAGAGGUGUAUAUAAGCUGCGACCAGCUUUACCUAGAAAUAAUGUCACGUGGGAUCCUAAUUUAGUGUUACGUUAUCUACGCAAGCUUUCACCUGUGAGAAAACUUUCUUUAAAGUUGUUAACUUUUAAGCUUCUAGCUUUAUUCGCUCUGCUUUCGGGUCAGCGUAUUCAAUCGUUUCAUCAGCUGGAUGUGCGGAACAUUACUGUAAGUCAGAAUUCACUUAAGUUUAGAUUCGGAGAUCUUCUUAAACAAAGUCGACCAACUUUUCAUCAGAGUGAAAUUACAAUUCAAAGUUACGCCCCUGAUCGGCGAUUGUGUAUCACUACAGUUUAUACAGAAUAUAUCAAGAGAACUGUGAAUUUACGUGGUAGUGAGAACAAACUUUUCUUAAGUUUUGUGAGACCAUUUAAGCCGGUUACCAAAGAUACGAUUUCUAGGUGGCUUAAAACUGUGUUAAUUUCUUCAGGAGUGGAUACAUCAAUAUUUACUCCUUACUCAUUCAGAGCAGCUUCUACCUCAUCAGCUAGCAGAAAUAGCGUUUCGAUUAGCAGUAUUUUGCAAACUGCUGGAUGGACCCAGGAAUCUACUUUCAGGAAAUAUUACAAUAAGCCUGUUAAUGAUAGUGGUGUUUUUGGUAGAACAAUUCUUGAUAAUUUAUUAGGAGAUUCCUAAUUGGCAGACUUUUAUUAUUUCAUUGAGUUUGUGUUGAGAUCUUGUAUUGAUUUUAACAUAGUAUAUGUUUAAAUUAAAGUUUGAAUUUGUAAAA